AUGGCAGAGACCAUCUCCUUCAUAUUGACUGUGAAUAAGGAAAGUCAGCCUUGUGGCCUGCAUCGCGAAUACUGGAAUCUGGUCCCUGGCAAAGGAUGCCAGUCAUGCGACUGUGAUCCCCAGACCUCUCAAAAUAACCAUUGUGACAAGCUUACAGGCCAGUGUCCAUGCAAGUCAGGCCAUGCUGGGAAACGCUGCAGUGAGUGCAAGGAAGGCUAUUAUGGUGGUCCAUUUGGGCAAUGCAUUCCAUGUGACUGCAACAGAGAAGGAACCCAGAAGCCUGUCUGUGACCUGGACACAGGCUUGUGCCACUGCCGGGAAGGUAUCAGUGGCCAGCAAUGUGAUCGCUGUGCCCGGGGUCACCGCCAGGAAUUCCCUGCUUGUCUCCGAUGUCACUUGUGCUUUGAUCAAUGGGACCAUGCCAUUUCUUCCCUCUCCAAAGCAGUGCGAGGGUUCAUUAGGCUGGCUGCUAACCUGGAAGAUAAAAGAGAGAUCCUGCUGGGCUGUGAGGUGGACUUCAUAGGCCUCAGAGAGAACAUGUCUGCAAUUGAGAGGAUUCUGAAACAUCUUGUGUCCUCAUCUGGGGAGUUCGUAAAAGUCAAGGCUUACCAUGACUCUGUGAGGAAACAAAUUAUGCAGCUAAGUGAACAACUGAAAACAGUGUAUGAAUUUCAAGAUCUGAAAGAAACCAUAGCAAGAAUGAGGAAAGAAACAGACCUCUUGCUUGAAAACCUUCGGAAGGAAAUUGAUUUGCAGCCCAGCGUCCUUAAUGCCAGCAUUAUGGAUUCCUCAGAAACCAUCAAGAAGUGCUCACACAUUUCAUCAUCUGCUGAAAAGAACACUGAGGAAAGUAGUUUCAUCAUAAAUAACUCUGAAAACACCAGAAAUGACUCCCUGACCAUUUUAGAUACACUUAUCUCAAAAGAAAGCUUAUUGGAAAAAUUACAGCAGAUUAAGAUGACAAAUAUCCAAAUAUUGAAUGAAAAGGUGUGUGGAGAACCAGGGAACCUGCCCUGCAGCCUCUCGCCCUGUGGGGGUGCUCUCUGCACAGGCCCUGAGGGGCGUAGGCAGUGUGGUGGUCCCAGCUGUCAUGGCGCUCUGACCUUGUCAAGGAAUGCCCUCCAGAAAGCCCAGGAAGCAGAGUCUGUGAUCCACAAUCUGGACAAGCAGGCUCAAAGGUUGGAGAAUCAGGUUAAAAACAUAAGUAAACUGGCAGAAAUCUCCAAAAACAAUGCCUUCCAGCUAAGUGAGAAACUGGAAAAUAUGAAAAGCCAAAUUGAAGCUGAGGAAGAAAAAAUGAAUUUUUUAAUCAAAAAAGUGAAAAACUUUUUGUUAGAGGAAAGCGCGCCCCCCGAAGACAUAGAGAAGGUUGCGAAUCGUGUGCUUGCUAUCCAGCUACCAAUAAUAUCGAAAAGCCUAACCCAUGAACCUGACAAAAUACAGAAACUUAUGCAACUCUGUGAGGACUACAGGAUAGAUGAGAAGAGGCUAAAUAAAGCAGCAGAUGAAGCCCAAAAGCUUUUGGUGAAGGCCAAAGUAGUGGAGAAAGCAGCAGAUGGUCUCUUAAACCUUGACAAAACAUUGAACAAGCUACAACGAGCUCAAAUCACUCAAGGACAGGCAAACUCGACAAUCACACAGCUGACUGCUGAGAUAGUAAAAAUAAAAAAGAAUGUUCUGCAGGCUGAAAGUCAAGCCAAGGAAAUAAAGAAUAAGCUGGACUUAGCAACGCAACAGUCAGAGCUGGAGGAUGGACUCUCCCUGCUGCAGACCAAGUGGCAAAGGAACCGAGACCAAGCAGGCCAGGCAAAAGUUAAAGCUGAAUCUGCGAGUGGCCAGGCUGGGGAUGCUGGGAAGGAGUUUGCUGAGCUGAAAAAUCAGUAUGCCUUGCUUCAACACCAGACAAGCACCACAGGCCUGACAAAGGAAACCUUAGGGAGAGUGAAACAGCUCAAGGAUGCUGCAGAGAAACUGGCUGCAGAUACGGAGGACAAGAUAACCAGGAUAGCAGAUUUAGAAAAGAAGAUCCAAGAUUUGAAUCUAAGAAGACAAGAAAAGGCUGAUCAACUGAAACAACUGGAAGAUCAAGUUGUUGCCAUUAAAAAUGAAAUUGUUGAGCAAGAGAAUAAAUAUACGACCUGCUAUAAUUAG